UUGUUUGUUUGUUUGUUUAUUUAUUUUAUUUUAUUUUUAUUACGUCUACAUGAUCUAUGGGAAAGUGCGAUUUUUUUCAUCACUUUUUUUCAUUUUUUGUAUCAUGCAUUUCCACUUUUUAUAAUUUCCCCCAUAAGUCAAGGCCACGCCUGAACGUCACACUCGCGCGUGCAAAACCAGUAUCCAAUCAUCUCCACAGCACUCUGACGUGAUUGUUACAUAUGACGCAAUAGAUGAAACUUGACUGCAGGGUCUGCAGGAUCUGUACAGCCCUGGAUUAUUGGGUCGUUUGGUCAUGCAGUGCGCCGGUGCAGGAUAAUGAAGACAUGCGACUGAAGGCAUUGCAUGUUCUUGCACGGUGUUCUCAGAGCGCAUCUCUGCACUAAAAGAACAAUGUCGCUCCAGAUGUUGUUUCCCAUUUUAAGCCUGUUGCUUAUGACCCAUGCAUGCACGUGCGUCGAAAUGGAUUUUUGCGAACUUGUGCGACUUGACAGCGCACCCCGAGAGCACGAGCAGAUCAGACCGGAUGGCAGUGUGUUUCAAAUACACGCUUUCCAACAGGUGUUCAGUCUGAACGUCGCACCUGACUCUAGUUUCCUCGCGCCUGACCUCGCACGUGUCUCCGCUCUGCGCCGCUGCUUCUACUCCGGGGAUGUGAACUCGGACCCUUCGUCCUCUGCGGGUCUCAGUGUGUGUGGAGGAGUGCGCGGUGCGUUCUCUUAUAACGGCAUGGAAUACGAUUUUCAGGUCAAAGCGAACGAGACGGUUGAUGCGUUUGGAAAGACGCACGUGAUACGCCGCCGCCGCACUCUAUAUAACGUCACUUCAAGAUGCGGAGUGACCACAGGAAUGAACCAAGGUACUGCAGAUUUACUCCAAAUACCCGAGCGCGUAAAGGCGCACGCCAAAAUGCGCACCAAAGCUCAUCUGAAAGGUGCUAACAGAUCCAAAAGGUUCGUUUCAUUACCCAGAUAUGUGGAGGUGUUGAUUGUAGCUGACGAGUCCAUGGCCAAGUUUCAUGGGGACGACCUGCGACAUUACCUUCUGACCCUCUUGGCUGUUGCUGCCAAGCUGUACAAACACCCAAGCAUCAUGAACCUUAUCAAUAUUGUAGUAGUGGAUAUGCUGGUGAUUCAUGAGCCUGAGGAAGGACCCAAGGUUUCCAGCAAUGCUGCUCUCACGCUGCGCAACUUCUGCACCUGGCAGAGAAAGUUGAACAAGAUGAAUGACAAACACCCUGAGUACUGGGACACUGCGAUUCUCUUCACAAAGCAGGAUUUGUGUGGGGCUACGACCUGUGACACUCUGGGCAUGGCUGAUGUUGGAACCAUUUGUGAUCCCAAAAGAAGCUGUUCAGUUAUUGAGGACGAUGGCCUACCCUCAGCCUUCACCACAGCACAUGAAUUAGGCCAUGUCCUCAAUAUGCCACAUGACAAUGUGAAGGCCUGUGAGAUGUUUGGGAAACCAAAGGACAACCACAUGAUGUCCCCUACCCUUAUCCAGAUUGAUUACAACAGUCCCUGGUCCAGUUGCAGUGCAGCCAUUCUGACUAACUUCCUAGAUUCUGGUCAUGGUGACUGUCUACUAGAUAAGCCCCAGAAGCUGCUCAUGCUACCUGAUAACUCUCCAGGGUCUGCCUACAGUCUUACCCACCAGUGUGAGUUGGCAUUCGGCUCUGGGUCCAAGCCUUGUCCAUACAUGCAAGCCUGCUCAAAGCUGUGGUGUACAGGAACGACCAGGGGUCAGUUGGUGUGCCAGACACGCCACUUCCCUUGGGCUGAUGGCACCAGCUGUGGCAACAACAGGAUAUGCUACAGGGGUGCUUGCACAAAUACGGACACCACCAUUAAACCCAUGUUAGAUGGACAGUGGUCUAAAUGGGGGUCAUAUGGAUCAUGUUCUCGAACAUGUGGAGGAGGAGUUCAACUGGCAAGAAGGGAGUGCAGUAGCCCUGUUCCUGAAAAUGGGGGCAAAUACUGCCAAGGCCUUCGUGUAAAAUAUCGCUCCUGCCACCUGGAACCUUGCAAAUAUUUAGGCAAAAGUUUUCGUGAGGAGCAGUGCGAGUCCUUCAAUAACUUCACUCUCAACACCAACAGACUUGGACCUUCUGUGAUGUGGGUCCCAAAAUACUCAGGAGUUUCUCCAAAAGACAGAUGCAAACUUAUCUGCAGAGCCAGUGGCACCGGAUACUUUUAUGUACUUGCGCCAAAGGUUGUGGAUGGAACACUCUGCUCCCCAGAUACUUCAGCAGUCUGUGUUCAAGGAAAGUGCAUUAAAGCAGGUUGCGAUGGAAAGCUGAGCUCCAACUUAAAGUUCGACAAGUGUGGUGUGUGUGGGGGGAACAACCAGAACUGUCAAAAAAUCUCUGGAGCAUUCACCAAACCUGUACAUGGGUAUAACUUUGUGAUCACUCUACCAGUUGGAGCCUCAAAUAUAGACAUCAGGCAACGUGGUUACCGUGGUUUGGUAAAUGAUGACAACUACUUGGCCAUCAAGAACAUUCAUGGUCAGUAUCUUCUCAAUGGAAAUUAUGUGGUCUCUACUGUUGGCCGACACAUCAUUGUAAAUGGCACUACACUACGCUACAGUGGAACAUCCACAGCAGUGGAGAAGCUGCAGGUAAUGAGACCACUUCAGGAGCCCCUGACAGUAGAGAUACUGUCUGUGGGGAAAAUGACACCUCCCCGUGUGCGCUAUUCCUACUACAUGAAUAAGGAGAAAGAGGGAAAGAUUCUGAAGAAGGAAGAGAAAAAGCAUGUACAGAACAGCGUUCUGGAUGACAAGGCGCAUCUAAAUAAUAAAGCCUAUCAAAAACCUUCCAGUAAAUGGGUUACCAGUGACUGGGAAGAAUGUUCUGUAACCUGUGGAAAUGGCUUACAGAAAAGACUUGUCCAAUGCCUGGACUCGAAUGGGAAAGUAACUGCAUACUGUGACAGCACCGAAAGACCUGGUUCUCAGAAGGCGUGCGGGGACCCUUGCCCUAUGUGGAGUAUCGGUGAGUGGUCUGCUUGCUCAAAAAGCUGUGGGAAAGGUUUUAAGAAACGGCCUCUACACUGUAUCACUAAAACCAGACUAGUCUUACCCAGAAACCACUGCUCAAGCAAGAAGAAACCCCAAGAACUGGAUUUCUGUAUUGUACAAACAUGCUAGCGACUUGUCAAGACUCGCUGGAACUCCUUUAAGCAUUGCGGACAUACUCUGUAGAACUGUUGUUUUCAGUCUAAACAAACCUCUUUGAUUUA